AUGAAGAAGAAAUAUUCAAGCACAACCAGGGUGAAGCGAGCACAACUUCAAGCCCUCACAAGAGAUUUUGAGACUCUUCAAAUGAAAUCAGGAGAGUCUGUUACCGAAUUCUUUGGGAGAACAAUGGGGAUUGCAAACAAUAUGUGCUUUCAUGGUGCAAUCAUGGAAGACGUUAAAAUUGUUGAGAAAAUUUUGAGAUCAAUGACUUCAAAGUGGAACUAUGUUGUCUACUCCAUUGAAGAAUCCAAAGAUGUUGAGCAUAUGUCCAUUGAUGAGAUUCAAAGUUCCCUACUUGUUCAUGAGCAAAAACUCAAUCGUGAAAAUAAUGACGAGCAAACAGCUCUCAAAGCCUCUAUUGAAUUCUCAGGCAUGAGAGGAAGAGGUCGAGGAAGAAGUGGAAGAGGACAUGGAAGAGGUGGUCGUGGAAAUAGGGACAGCACUCACAUUUCCAAGAGAGAUGACAACUCUUAA